AUGCCAGUUCUCCAGCCGAAAGUGACACCCCUACCCCCGGGAAUUGAUCUUAGCGGGAAAACCGCAGUCAUCACCGGCGCGAGUGCAGGUCUCGGUCUGGAGACAGCACGGCAGCUUCUCGCGCUCAAAUGCUCAACAGUUAUCCUUGCCGUGCGGAACAUCUCCAAAGGUGGGACCUGUAAAGAGAGCCUUCAACGGGACCCAGAAAUUAAGAAAAUCAACCCCAAUGCCACCAUUAAGGUCCUGAAGCUCGACGUUGACCGCUACGACAGCGUGCAGGACUUCACAAAAGUCCUCCAGCAAGGGGUCCCGGUUGUGAACAUCCUCAUCCUUAAUGCAGGCAUCAGUAAUAUCACUUUCAGUCGCAGUCCGAACGGCCACGAGAAUCACCUCCAAAUCAACUACCUCUCCAACGUCAUCCUUCUUGCAGAACUCCUCCCCUACCUCGAAGCUAGCGCUGAAAUAGCCGGGUUUCCCACAAGGAUUACUUGGGUUGGAAGCCGAAUGCACGAUACAAUGAACAGUUUUACAAAGAAGGCACCUAUCAAGCGCUCGGAAUCUGUACUCGAGCGGAUGGACUCCAAGGAGGCACACCUGCCCUAUAACCGAUACGGGGACAGCAAACUCCUCUGUGCGAUGUUCAUGUACACUCUUGCUCCACGUCUCGACACGAACAAGGUCAUAAUAAAUAUGAUCUGUCCGGGAAUGAUUGAUACGGGUCUAACUGAUUCGCUGCCCGUGUACCUCCGUCUCCCCGUGAAUGUCCUCAAAGCUCUUCGUGCUCGCCCGUUGCAGGUUGGGGGAUGGCUUAUUGUUAAUGCUGCUGUCGUUGCUGGACCGGAGUCACAUGGAAGGCAUCUUGGUGAUAAGGAUAUUCUUAAUGUAUCAGAAUAUAUUCGCUCCCCUGCCGGUCAGGAGGUUCAAAGGAAGCUGUGGGUGGAAACAAUGGAGGAAAUGCAGAAGUUGACUUCACUACCUGUUCAAUUUGUAGUGGAAAAGUAG